AUGGAAGAGACAGUUUUCGUAGCUAGUCCUCGUUACAACAUUCCAUCGUCGUGGGUAGUCAAAUCGGCAGUGAACUCACGAAAAGCCGUUGUAACGACAACUCUAGUGGCCCUGCCGUUGGUAUUCUUCCACAUCGGCAGCACUCGUUUCCGGUGCCCUACGGCUGCUAUUCCGGGCCUAUGUUGGUUAUUGCAGAGUAAAUCAAAGAACCUUAGCACUUAUAUGGUUUACACGUGUAGGCAGCAGAAGCCGCCGGAGUCAGAGGCUCGUCCGUAUAUGCAUCUGUCAAGGCGAAGUCGUGUUCCGUGCGUGUGGGCCGCUCGCUUGCGUAACAUCUACCGACUAUGCUCAUCAUACCUCCAUGAACUAGUGUAG